ACCAGAUGGGUUCGCUCCAGUCGCCUGUGGGAUUGCGAAGCUCUGCAUUGUUAGAAACAUCAUGUGGAUACCUACUUCAGGAAUUGCAGAUAAUCUGGGAUGAAGUUGGCGAGUAUCAGUUUGACAGAGAGAAGGUUCUCCUGGAUUUAGAACAGGAGUGUUUAGAAGUAUAUAGGAAAAAAGUCGACAGUGCAAACAUUUCAAGAGCUCGUCUGCAUCAAGAGUUAGCAGAAUCUGAAGCAGAAUUUACUCAUCUCCUUCUGUCACUUGGCGAACGAUCUCUCCCUGGACGGCCAGAGAAGAUGUCCGGAACACUGAAGGAGCAGCUAGAUGCAAUCACCCCAGCUUUGAGGGAGAUGCGGUUAAGAAAAGAAGAAAGAGUGAACCAGUUUCGUGUUGUGCAAGGGCAAAUUCAAAAAAUUACUGCAGAGAUUGCUGGUCAAUCAGUGUAUGAUGAUUCAAUAACAAAUGUCACAAUAAAUGAGAAUGAUCUAUCCUUAAAGAAACUAGAGGAAUACCAGAUUGAGCUACAAAGAUUCCACAAAGAGAAGGGUGACAGACUCCAGCAAGUGGAGACAUAUAUAGACACAAUCCACAAAUUGUCUGCCACAUUAGGGAUGGAAUCAUCCAUGAUCAUAACAAAAGUUCAUCCAACUUUAAAUGAAUUAUGUGGAAUAUCCAAAAACAUAAGUGACGGUAUUUUGGCCAAACUCAACAGCACUGUGGAAUCUCUCAAAGAAGAAAAACAAGAGCGGCUUGAAAAGCUUCAAAAUCUAGGGAAGUCAUUAGCAAACCUGUGGAAUCUAAUGGGUACACCAUAUGGAGAUCGCCGGCAGUUUUCUCAGAUCGCUUGCUUGGUGUCCCUUUCCCCAUCUGAAGUAACAAGUGCUGGAAGUCUUACCUUAAAUAUAAUCCAGAAGGCUGAAGCAGAAGUUAAGAGACUGGAUCAGUUGAAAGCAAGCAAGAUGAAAGAGCUUUUCUUCAAGAAGCAGAAUGAACUAGAGGACAUAUGCAAUAAAUCGCACAUGGAAAUCCAUUCACGAUCAGAGAUGGAUAAUAUAGUCAACCUCAUAAAUUCUGGGGAGAUUGACCAUGCCGAUCUCCUCAUGAGCUUGGAUGAACAGAUAACAAAAGCAAAAGAAGAAGCCUCUAGCAGGAAGGAAAUAAUGGAAAAGGUGGAGAAGUGGAUGUUAGCACGGGAUGAGGAGCGCUGGUUAGAAGAAUAUAGCAUGGAUGAGAAUCGCUAUACAGUAAGCCGAGGUGCUCACAGAAACCUGAGACGUGCUGAACGCGCCAGAAUAAUGGUCAACAAAAUCCCAACUUUGGUGGCUUCACUUAUAGCUAAGACUAAGAGUUGGGAAGAGGAAAGAAACCAAGUGUUCUUGUUUGAUGAUGUACCCCUGAUGGCAAUGUUGGAAGAAUAUAACAUGUCAAGGCAGGAGAUAGAGGAGGAGAAGCAAAGACAAAGGGAAAUGAAGAAGGUGCAAAUCCAAGUAGUAGUUGAGCCAGAUAAUGCAUUCGGAUCAAGGCCAGGCACCAGUAGUCGACGAGUUUCAAACAGAAGCAUAAAUGGCGGCUUAAACAACGCAACACCUUUAAACAGAAGGAUUUCUUUAGGCAUCCAACAAUUUGGAAACAACAGCAUCAACUCUGCAACUCAAGGCAUAGCAUUUAUAAAAGAAGCAAGGAAAAUGCAAGGACAAAAAACAUUUGGUCGACCACCGGGCCUUGCUUCUCAUCUUCGAGAUGAAACAGCUUCGGUGGUCUCAACAUUUUCUGGCCCUAUAUCUCCCUAAAUAUCAAGUCAGCUAAUUUAUCUUCGCAUUCAUAAGGAAAACCCCCAAGCAUCGAGAUUAGUUUCAAAAGAAUAUCAUAGAAUUCACAUAAGAAUCAUAAAAAUAGUUUAGUUUGUGAAAAUAUUUUUUGUGUAUUUAAGACUGUUGUUCUUCUUCCUGUUGUAAAAAGUUAUAGUUCGAUAAUAAAUUUAUAUCCACAGAUUAUCUA